CGGCGACCCAAUGUUCCAUUCCAAAAUCUUUUCCCCCAAAAAAGAGCUCCCCCCCAAAAUCGCUCGAACCCAGCCUAGUGAGCUCACAGUGAUCGAGAGAAAUCCCAGAAGCGAAUGGACUACUACCACAGCGGCGGAUCAUCAGACCAGUCGUCCUCGUCGCCGUCGCUUUCGCUGCCGCCGGGGUUCCGCUUCCACCCGACGGACGAGGAGCUCGUCAACUACUACCUCUGCCGCAAGUGCGGCGGCCUGCCCCUCGCCGCGCCCGUGAUCGCCGAGGUCGACCUGUACAAGUUCGAGCCAUGGCGGCUGCCGGAGAAAUCUGCCGCGGCGAUGGCCGGCGCCGGAGGGGAUGAGGCCAAGGAGUGGUACUUCUUCUCCCCGAGGGACCGCAAGUACCCCAACGGGUCGCGGCCCAACCGCGCCGCCGGGACGGGUUACUGGAAGGCCACGGGCGCCGACAAGCCCGUGGGCUCGCCCCGGCCUGUGGCUAUCAAGAAGGCCCUCGUCUUCUACGCCGGGAAGCCGCCCAAGGGGGUCAAAACUAACUGGAUCAUGCAUGAGUAUCGCCUCGCCGAUGUCGAUCGCUCCGCCGCCGCCAGGAAGAAGAACAACCACAACGCUCUCAGGCUGGAUGACUGGGUGCUGUGCCGGAUCUACAACAAGAAGGGCGUCAUCGAGCGGUACGACACGGCGGACUCCUCCGUCUCCGACUCCGGCGACGUCAAGCCGGCUGGUCCUGCGCCGGGGGCGAAGAAGAACCCGCGGGCCGUUCCGCCGGCCAUGAAGGUCGAGCUCUCAGACUACGGGUUCUACGGCGGCGGGAACCACCCGUCCCCGCCGGCCACGGAGAUGCUCUGCUUCGAGCGCGGGGCCUCGGCGGCGGCGGACCGGGACUCGAACUCGAACCACUCCAUGCCGCGGCUGCACACGGACUCGAGCUCCUCCGACCGCGCGCUCUCCUCGCCCUCGCAGCUCUCCCUGUCCCCGGAGUUCCCCAGCGACAUGGAUUACGCCGAGAGCCAGCACAUUAACGCCGCCGGGGGCGGCGACGCCGGAGGAUGGCUGGGGGAAGAUUGGGCAGGGGCGAUCGACGACGACGGGUUCGCCAUGGAUGGUUCCCUCGUCUUCGACCCGCCGCUGUCGCCCGGCGCCUUCGCGCGCGACGCCGCCGCAUUCGGGGACAUGCUCGCCUACCUUCAGAAACCCUUCUGAAGACCAGAUUUCAUUUCAGAUUCAGCAACAGCCGCUGCAACUCUCUUAGCCCACUAACAAGUUCGUCAUCAGGUCUCGUGCAAAUUCGGUUCAGGAAAACUGAUUAGAGUGUUCGUCAGUCUAGCAGGAUCAGAGAAACGCAGGGAAAGAUUAACCCGCCGGAUCGAUGCCCGACCGGGUGCAGACUUAUCAGCAUCAAAUGUUAGCUUGAUAAGGUAAGUAAUUCCUCGCCAUCGUCGAUAGGUUAAGUUAGCUGGCAAAUCGGGUCGAUUUAUUAGCCGGUCAAUUUUUGUCGUGUUGAUUAAUUAGUGGAGUAGUUGAGGUUCCUGCCUGAGAUGGAUCCCGUAUUCCCGGACGAACCAAGAAGAAGAUGACACUGAGAUUGAUGUUCUGAGUUCAGUCAGGGCUGUCGAAUUAUUUUCGGUGCCGUCGUGUUGUGUUAGAUUGUGUACUCCUAGGAUGGUUCAGGUUCCCCUCAUUUUAGGAGGACUUUUAGUUCAGGGGGCUGACGCUUUUUAGGGGGUUACUCUUGUGUGCGUCCUGUAAUUGCAAAAAGGGUUCGAUGUAACGGAGUCGCUUUCAGUUUCAGUGGUCUCUCGCGUGACCUGGGAAGCCAAUUUUGUAAUGCAAUUAUAUCGUAUAAUUAAGCAGUGUCGUAAAUUGUAAUUAUAUAUGCAUGGGCUCCUUAUUUAUUUA